CUCUGCUUCCUCAACCCUCACUCCCUCCUCUCCAUACCGAACUCUGCUCCUCUAACCCAUAUCCAAACACCACCCAGUUUUCCAUCUGAAUUCCUCAAUCCAUCCAAUUCUGAUUCCUCAUUUUCUGCAAAUUGGAAUGCUUACUGGUAUGUGUUUUUGACUCUGCUCUGAAAACUAAUAAUCAGAAAGCAGAUACCAAAGUGUCAUUCCCACAUUUCUCCAAUCAUCAGUUUGCCUCAAAAAUUGUAUCAAACACUUUCCCACGGAUUCUUAAAAUAAAAAAAUUAUAAGAAGCAGUUAUAAACUGCACGUCGACUAGCACAUGUCAAAGCUUUUUUUUUCUCUACAUUCCCGUUUCAUAUGCCCUUUCUUAUGACCAUACCGGCAUUCAAUGUCUUUCUUUGAGCUCUGAUCACAAGUGUGAGGGGUUCUACUCCUCUCUCUCUCUCUCUCUCCCUGAUUUUUUUCCCCCCCAACAAUCACCAACCUCAAGUUGAUCAAAAUUUGCAUACAAAAUGGAGAAUGGUUUGAAUUGGGAACAAACACUGAUCAAUGAGCUGGCUCACGGGAUGGAGCUAGCCAAGCAACUAAGAGCUCACUUGAAUUCAACUUCCUCUGCCGAAAGUCGAGAAAUUUUACUACAGAGGAUACUAUCUUCAUACGAGAAGGCCUUUAUGAUUCUCAAGUGGAGUGGAUCAAUUGGACAUCCUCAGUUAUCGGCACCCAUCACCAAUUUGCCAGAGUCUUCAAUUUCAGGCGACGGGAGUCCUCAGAGCGAGGAAUUCGACCGGGGUUUUAAAGAUCAGCAGGACCAGAAUGAUGUUUCCAAGAAGAGAAAGGUGUUGCCCACAUGGACAGGACAAGUGAGGGUUUGCUCUGAGAAUGGGUUUGAAGGUCCCACGGAGGAUGGUUACAGUUGGAGAAAAUAUGGACAGAAAGACAUUCUUGGCGCCAAAUAUCCCAGAAGCUACUACAGAUGCACAUACCGCAGCCUUCAAAACUGCUGGGCUACAAAGCAAGUCCAACGAUCGGACGACGAUCCCACCAUCUUCGAAAUCAUCUACAGAGGGAGACACAGUUGCAACGAAACCCCCCACACAGCUCCACUACCACCACCCCCAUCAUCAUCAUCACUAGACAAACAAGAAUCAAAACCAAAAAACAAUCCCAACAAUUGCCAGCAGCAACAGCAAUCCCAAAACAUGUUUUUCAACUUCAGAACAAGCUCCAGAGUAGAUACUGAUGACUCGGACAACAAGGACAUGGCUUCUCAUUUCGAGUUUCCUUCGACAUCGUCACUCGUAUGGAACAAUGGCAAAAACAAUGCGAGUUUUGCAUUUUCAACACUCGUCCGUGAUAGCAUCCUGGAGAGUUGUUGUUCACCAUCGUUUGUGCCUCCGGCAACGUCUGAAACGAGCUACUUCCCAGUGCCUCCAUGCCAGAUGAUGAAUGGGUUUGGAAUGGUCCAUUCAGAAUCCGAUCUCACCGACAUAAUCUCCUGCAACACUUCAGCUACCAAUUCUCCGAUUGUGGACCUGGAUUUCUCAAUUGAUCCAGCUGUUCAAGAUUCACAUUUCCCAUUUGACAAUCCUGGAUUUUUCAAUUAGUUCCCACUCAUAAUACUAAAUAAUUGUAUUGGGAUAGGUAUCAAUAUCAGCAAUAAGGUCUUGUAUUAGGUAGUAUCAACCGGAUAUCGGUAUCAAAAGAACAAAAUCUCAACAUUGAUACGUUUCUUAUUGGCCAAUAUUUAAAAUCCAGUUGCUGAUCCUUGCUACCAUAAAAUGAGAAAGAAAGGCUCGCUUGUACGUAUUAGUAAAUAAGUUUAUAAAUCCUGGCCUAGAA